CACCGAUGUAUAAAUAGGGCCAUGAAUCCCGACACCAAUUGAAUCAUCAUCACCCCCACUCACCCAGACCUUCACCCUUUCAUCACCCAACCUUCCACUUUCAAAAGUGCUCGUGCACGACAGCAUCCCAAAAUGCCCAACCACGUCGAACCAACAAUCACCCAGACCACCCCUCACGGGGAGGUCACGAUCUACGCCAUGACCUUGACCCCCGGCGGUACCUACAUCGUGGUGAUCGAGUCCCGGGACCCCCGAUUCAAGGCCGAUAACUGGGGGCCAGCCCUCGAGAUUCUCCAAGAGCGAUGGAGGAGCAAGCGCGAGGAGUAUGAUGAGCGCCAGGAAUAUCGCGACAGCCCGAUGGGUGGGAUGAUCCGGGUCGACGGCCGCUUCCGACUGUACAGGGAAUCCUUGGCUGCGGAUGGCGGCACCGGCCCGGCCCGGCGCUGCAAUCAUCACGGCCGCAACGAGUUCCCCGAGUUCGGGCCGCACGUGGACCCCGUUGAGAACCUGCACCCGCUGCUGAAAUUCCUGCGGUCUCUGCACCCGAGCCCGCCUCGAGGUGAUGCGUCGCAGGGGGAGGGGGGUGAAUCCGAUCAGGAGGACGGUCCUCGGUUCACUUUGGAGGAGUGUGUGAGGUCGCUAACGCUGAGGUUGCAGGCUCGAGGCCAGCGGGCGGGAGAGCCCUACCAAGUAAUGCUUCAAAAACGCUCCCAAACAGGGAGCAGGAACUGCCAUCGGGAAUCACUACAGCCCUUCGGUCUGCUCCUUAAAUCAUCCUAA